AUGAAGUCAGAAUUUAAGCUUUGUAAUGUUCUUGGGUCUUUUUAUCGUAAUGGAAAUCUAAUUUUUACGUCAAAAAAUGAGUUGUUUAGUCCAAUUGGGAAUCGUGUAACAUUAUUUGAUUUAGAGGGGAAUACAUCAGUUACUCUUCCGUUUGAAAAUUCGAAAAAUAUUCGUUGUAUUGCCUUAUCACCGGCUUGUACAUUAUUACUUUCAGUUGACGAAGAUGGAAGAGCAAUCUUGUUGAAUGUUAUUAAAAGAGUUGUUUUGUAUCAUUUUAAUUUUGGAAGUAUUGUUGAAGACGUUAAAUUUUCUCCGUGUGGAAAAUAUUUUGCAGUUGCUAUUGGAUAUCAUGUUGAAGUUUGGAAAUCUCCUAAAUUGUCGGAUGAAUUGGAAUUUUCUCCAUUUGUAAAGCAUAGGGUGUAUACAGGACAUCAUGAUACAAUAAAGACGAUUACUUGGUCUUCGGAUUCACGAUUUUUUUUGACAGCUUCUAAAGAUAUUACAGCAAGAUUGUAUUCUUUAGAUCCAAUGGAAAAUUUUACUCCGAUGACUUUUGCAGGUCAUAGAGAAGCUCUUGUUGGUGCAUUUUUUUAUUCAACGGAAAAAAUGAUAUAUACUGCUAGUAAGGAUGGUGCGCUUUUUUAUUGGAAAGAGUCUUUACCUUCUGAAGAAAUAGGAUCUAUGAAAAAUCAAGAUUUAAAUAAGGAUUUUAAAUAUAAAUGGACUAUUAUGAAUAAACACUAUUUUAAUCAGAAUAAUGCAAAAAUGACAUGUAUUGCUUUUCAUCAUAAGUCUAAUCUACUUGUCGCAGGCUUUACAUCUGGAAUUUUUGGGCUUUAUGAGCUUCCAGAAUUUAAUAUGAUACAUACUCUUAGCAUUUCACAAAACGCUAUUGAUUUUAUUUCUAUCAAUGGGACCGGUGAAUGGAUUGCUUUUGGUGGAGGGAAACUUGGGCAAUUAUUAGUUUGGGAAUGGCAAUCGGAAUCAUAUGUUUUUAAGCAACAGGGGCAUUUUGAUAUGAUAACUGGUGUUGUAUAUACACCUGAUUCUCAAAAUAUUGUUACUUGUUCUGAUGAUGGAAAAAUUAAAUUAUGGGAUAUACGUUCUGGAUUUUCUUUGGUUACGUUUUCUGAACAUACUUCAACUGUCACUGGUCUUGGUUUUUCUAAGUCUGGGAAUGUUCUUUUUUCUUCAAGUUUAGAUGGUUCAGUAAGAGCUUGGGAUUUAACUCGUUAUAGAAAUUUUCGUAUUUUUGUUGCUCCUAUACGUAUAGAAUUUUCAUGUUUAGCUGUUGAACCUAGUGGAGAAAUUGUAUCUGCAGGAUCUCUUACUUCUUUUGAUAUAUUUAUAUGGUCUGUUCAGACAGGUCAACUUGUUGAUCGUCUUUCUGGUCAUGAGGGGCCAGUCUCUAGUUUAUCAUUUUCAAAUACUGGUGAAAUUCUGGCUAGUGGAAGUUGGGAUAAAACCGUUAGGCUUUGGGAAAUAUUUACAUCUAGACAAUCUGUUGAAUUACUUCAAUUGCAAUCAGAUGUUUUGGCAGUUACAUUUCGUCCUGAUGGAAAAUAUAUAUGUGUUUCAACUUUGGAUGGGCAAUUAACGUUUUGGGAUGUCGAUAAAGGAAAUCAGGUUAAUAUUAUUGAUGGAAAAAAAGAUAUAUCAGGCGGUAGGAAUAUUGGAGAUCAAUUCUCUGCUGCAAAUUCUUUUAGAAAUAAAUCAUUUAAAUGUGUUUGUUAUUCUCCUGAUGGCUAUAUAGUUGUUGCAGGUGGUAAUAGUAAGUAUAUUUGUAUCUACGAUAUUGAAAGUUCUGUUCUUAUCAAGAAAAUUCAAAUUUCAAAGAAUUUAUCUUUAGAUGGAACUCAAGAGAUUCUUAAUAGUAAAAAUUUUACUGAAGCAGGCCCUCUUGAACUCAUUGAUGAUCAUGAUGAUCAAGAUGAUUUACAAGAUAAAGCAGAUAAUUUAUUACCUGGAGCUACAAAAAGUGAUUUAUCUAUUCGGAAAUUGAGACCUGAAAUUAGGACUCAUGCCUUAGGGUUUUCUCCAAAUGGAAGAUCUUUUGCUGCUGCAACUACAGAAGGAUUAUUGAUAUAUUCAUUAGAUGAUUUGCAUCUUUUUGAUCCAUAUUAUUUAGAUAUAGAAAUAACGCCUCAAACUAUUAGAACUGUCUUAUUAAAAGAGGAUUAUCUAAAAGCAUUCAUAAUGGCAUUCAGAUUAAAUGAACAAUAUAUUAUUCAUGAAGUUUAUGAAUCUAUACCAUUCAAUAAUAUAGAAUUAAUUUCACGAGAAUUACCUCUUGUAUAUUUGGAUAGAUUAUUGAAAUUUAUAUCUAUAAUUACUGAAAGUUCUCCACAUAUUGAAUUUCAUUUAUUUUGGAUUGAAGCACUUUUUACUUAUCAUGGGAAAUAUAUAAAAUCUCGUAAUCAGGAUUUUAUAAAAGAAAUACGAGCAAUUCAAAAAUAUCUUAUUUAUAUUCAGCAUGAUAUUAUUAAAAUAUCUGAUGAAAAUAAAUAUUUUGUUGAAUAUAUUUUAAAUAGGAAAAAAAUAAAUUAUCAAACAACCUCAUUAGUGAAAAAAAGUGAUGAAAUACAUAUGAAAGAUGUUUUUGAUGAUACUCACUCGAGAACUAAUCAUAUAAAUAAUGAAAAAUAG